AUGGCUUCACGUCUUCUUCCAUCUUUGGGCUUUUCGCCAACUCCGCUCAUGCCAGACCCGAUGGAAAACGUGUCGGACAAUGGUGCCGUCGAUACCCCCGGGGUGAUGCCCCCAGUAUCUGAGCCCGGUGAUGAUCGCGACGGGCAAAUAACCACUCUUGCACGUUCUCUUUCACAAAUCUCGCGACAGGGCAGCGGCAAGACCAGUGAAACCUCAGAGGGUGUCAACACUUUCCUCGACCCUACCCGUGAUCCAGAGCUCGAUCCCAAUGGUGACCAGUUCAAAUCGCGUAAAUGGGUGAAGAACUUCAUCCAGAUGACCUCUCACGACCCAGAUCGGUACCCGCGUCGCACAGCAGGGGUCUCCUUCCGCAACCUCAAUGUUUUCGGCUAUGGAACCGCGGCUGAUUACCAGAUGAACUUCGCCAAUUUCUGGCUCAAAGGCACAGGGUGGUUUCGCAGUAUCCUUGGCGUCCGGAAGAAAGUACGCAUUGAUAUCCUGCGAGACUUCGAAGGCAUCGUUCACAGUGGUGAGAUGCUGGUUGUACUAGGUCGCCCGGGAAGCGGAUGCUCUACCUUCCUCAAGACCAUUGCCGGGGAGACGCAUGGCCUCUAUCUCGAUAAAGAGAAAGGGUCCAAGGUACAGUAUGAAGGAAUGUCCUGGGACGAUAUGCACAGCCGUUUCCGCGGCGAGGUCAUCUACCAAGCCGAAAACGAAGUUCACUUCCCUCAGCUGACAGUCGGUGAUACAUUGCUGUUUGCCGCUUACGCUAGAGCGCCGAGGAACCGACUCCCUGAUGUCACACGCGAUCAGUAUGCGACACAUAUGCGAGAUGUGGUAAUGGCAAUGCUUGGCUUGACCCAUACCAUGAACACCAAAGUGGGCAAUGAGUUCAUUCGAGGUGUUUCCGGUGGGGAAAGAAAGCGGGUCAGCAUUGCCGAAACCACUCUAUGUCGCUGUCCUUUACAGUGUUGGGACAACAGCACUCGUGGACUUGACAGCUCGACGGCCCUGGAAUUUGUUAAGAACAUCCGCCUCUCCACUGACUAUACCGGAUACACCGCUUUAGUUGCAGUAUAUCAAGCGAGUCAAUCUAUCUACGACCUCUUUGACAAAGCGAUUGUGCUCUACGAAGGCCGUCAGAUAUAUUUCGGCAGUGCGCCCGAUGCACGACGCUUCUUUACCGAGAUGGGAUUCCAUUGCCCAGAGAGACAAACCACUGCGGACUUCCUCACUUCCCUAACCAGCCCUUCGGAACGCCUGGUUCGCCCAGGGUUUGAAGACUCCGUCCCACGUACACCCGAUGAGUUUGCAGCACGCUGGAAGGAUAGCCCAGAGCGUAAGCAGCUGCUUGCUGAGAUUGAAGCAAACGCAGCCGAAAACACCGCUAGAGAAACGAAGUUUGAGCAAUUCAGUCGCUCUCGUGCAGCAGACAAAUCUAGGUUUACUCGUGCAGCCUCCCCAUACACCCUGUCGUAUCCGAUGCAAAUCCGCCUCUGUCUCUGGCGAGAGUUCUUGCGGCUCAAGGCAGACUUGGCUAUGACGCUCGCGACUCUCAUUGGAAAUACUAGCGAAUCUCUGAUCAUUGCCAGUCUUUUCUUCAACCUAGCGUUCAAUACCGACAGCUUCUACAAACGUGCAGCUCUACUUUUCUUUGCCAUCAUGAUUAGUGCCUUCUCUAGCUCACUCGAAAUCUUGAUCAUGUGGCAGCAGCGGCCGAUCGUGGAAAAACAUUACAAGUACGCAGCAUACCAUCCCUCGGCGGAAGCUAUCAGCGCGUGGCUUGUGGAAAUCCCAUCAAAGCUUUUACUGGCAAUUGUAUUCAAUUUGAUCAUCUAUUUCAUCCCUCAUCUUCGGCGAACUGUACCUCAUUUCUUCAUCUUCUUCCUUUUUUCAGCAAUGACGACGCUUGUGAUGUCCAAUAUCUUCCGGUUUAUCGGCGCAAUCUCACGUUCCGUGGCCCAGGCCAUGCCUCCUGCUUCGGUCUUCAUGCUUAUCUUGGUCAUUUACACCGGGUUUACCAUUCCUGUCCGAGAUAUGCACCCAUGGUUCCGGUGGCUCAACUAUGUGAACCCCAUUGCUUAUGCCUUUGAGGCCCUGAUGAUCAAUGAAUUUGGUGGACGAUCCUUCCCCUGCUCGAACUUUGUCCCCGGUGGCUUGGAAAUUUACAACAAUGCGCCUCUCAGCUCCAGAAUCUGCUCACAGAAGGGUGCUGUGGCAGGUCAGGAUUUUAUUGAUGGAGAGACAUACAUUAAUACCACUUACGAAUACUACAGCCCGCAUUUGUGGCGAAACUUCGGGAUUCUCUGCGCUUUCUUCGUGGGCUCCUUUGUGCUGUACGUCUUCUGCAGUGAACUCAUCCGCGCUAAACCAUCCAAAGGUGAAGUUCUGGUAUUCCCGCGCGGUAAGAUCCCUGCCUUUGCCAAGAAUGUUCGAAAAGAGGAUCCAGAGGAAGUCAUUGCAUCGGAGAAAGGUGCAGUUGCUAGCGAACCUCAGGACUCGACCGCAGCAAUUGUUCGCCAAACUUCCAUCUUCCAUUGGGAAAAUGUGUGCUUCGACAUCAAGAUCAAGGGGACCGAGCGACGCAUCCUAGAUAGCGUGGAUGGUUGGGUCAAGCCCGGCACUUUGACGGCCUUGAUGGGUGUCACUGGUGCAGGGAAGACAUCAUUACUCGAUGUCUUAGCCAAUCGUGUUACUAUCGGUGUCGUCUCCGGCGAGAUGCUUAUUGAUGGCCGGCUAUGCGACGAUUCUUUCCAGCGAAAGACGGGUUACGUGCAGCAACAGGAUCUGCAUCUAGAGACUAGCACUGUUCGUGAAGCUCUGGUUUUCAGCGCUCUCCUACGCCAGCCUGUCACCAUUCCUCGUCAGGAAAAGAUGAUAUACGUCGAAGAUAUCAUUCAGAUGCUCGGUAUGGAAGAAUACGCAGAUGCCGUGGUCGGUGUUGUCGGCGAGGGCCUCAAUGUGGAGCAGCGUAAGCGGUUGACUAUCGGUGUGGAGCUAGCAGCCAAGCCAGAUUUGCUGCUAUUCUUUGAUGAACCGACCUCGGGUCUAGAUAGUCAAACUGCUUGGUCAAUCUGUACUCUGAUGCGUAAUUUGGCCGACCACGGGCAGGCUGUACUGUGUACCAUUCACCAACCUUCGGCAAUGCUGAUGCAGCAGUUCGACCGUCUAUUGUUUCUCGCGAAAGGAGGACGCACUGUGUACUUUGGCGACCUUGGCCCGAAUAUGGAAACAUUGAUCAAAUACUUCGAAGGCAAAGGGUCGCUUAAGUGUCCACGAAACGCAAACCCAGCCGAAUGGAUGCUCGAUGUCAUCGGUGCUGCUCCAGGUUCUCAUGCGGAUAGAGAUUGGGCCGAGCAAUGGACGAACAGUGCCGAGCGCGCAGAGGUUCAUAGAGAGUUGGCUGAAAUCAAAAAGGAAUUCUCUAAGCAGCCUGUACCCAUUCGCAUCGCAGGGUACGGUGAAUUUGCCAUGCCACUCUGGUAUCAGUUCCUCAUUUGUACUCAACGCAUGUUCCAGCAGUACUGGCGAUCUCCGUCGUACCUAUACGCCAAAGUUCUCACAUGCACUGUCCCACCACUGUUCCUUGGAUUCACCUUCUGGCACAUGCCUACCAGCCUACAAGGGCUGCAGAAUCAGAUGUUUGCAAUCUUCAUGCUUCUCGUCAUCUUCCCGGGUCUGGUCCAGCAGAUGAUGCCGUCCUUUGUCGUGCAGCGUUCUUUGUAUGAGGUACGCGAGCGACCUUCAAAGGUGUACUCAUGGAUGGCAUUUAUGAUGGGCAGUAUCCUCACGGAGCUGGUAUGGAAUAUCCUAAUGUCGGUGCCAAUCUUUUUCAGCUGGUAUUACCCAAUCGGAUUUUAUCACAAUGCAGAGCCCACGAAUGCAGUCAUCGAACGAGGCGGCAUCAUGUACCUGCUCAUUCUGCAGUUCAUGAUGUUCACGUCGACGUUCAGUUCUAUGAUGAUUGCUGGAAUUGAAGAGCCCGAUACCGGCAGCAACAUUGCUCAGUUCAUGUUCUCGCUUUGCUUGAUCUUCAACGGGGUACUCGCGAAAUCUUCUGAUAUGCCUCGUUUCUGGAUCUUCAUGAACCGGGUGUCUCCAUUCACAUACUUCGUGUCGUCGGUGCUCUCCACAGGCCUGACUGGGACUUCGGUUGAAUGUUCUAGUAUUGAGUGGCUCACUAUCUCGCCUCCAGAUGGACAGACUUGCGGCCGUUAUCUGGACCCUUACAUCAAGGCUAUGCAUGGCACAUUACGCAAUCCUGAGGCGUCGAAGGAUUGCCAGAUCUGCCCAAUGUCGAGCACAGACCAGUUCCUCGAAAGCCUCAACAUGCCGUACUCGGAUGUUGGGCGCAACAUCGGUUUGCUGUUUGUCUACGUGGGGUUCAAUAUUGUCGCCGCGCUCUUCCUGUAUUGGGUCUUCCGCGUCCCCAAGCAUUGGUCGCGCAAGGCCAAGGAGACCUAA